AUGAUAUCCUCACGUCUAUUUCCUCGGCUAGUAAGGCCAUCUCUCUUGGUUUCGUUCCGUGGCGUGGCUACUCAAAGCUCUAAUCCGCAGUUGAAGUUUCCAUGUCUCGAACACUUGGAGAGAAAGACACAGCAAUUGGAAAAAUCCCAUUUGGAAAGGAAAGCUCAGGGUGCACAGGGUGUUGAUGCUGAUGCUGAAGCGUGUCUGGACAUCAAUUCGUUAGAAGGUGGACCCGAACCGGCAUACUCCAAAGUUGUCACUGGAUUUGAACUCUACUCGAGCAAUAAACCCAUAUUCUUUGAUAAUGGUGGACAUUUGCCCAAGUAUCAGAUUGCCUACGAAACAUGGGGCACGCUUUCUUCUGCGAAGGAUAAUAUGGUUUUAGUUCACACAGGCCUUUCAGCUUCAUCGCAUGCUAAAUCUCAACCAAAAAACGAAAAGAGUGGCUGGUGGGAAAACUUUAUUGGUCCAGGCCGCUACAUCGACACCGACAAGUAUUUUGUCGUCUGCACAAAUGUUUUAGGCGGCUGCUAUGGCUCUACUGGGCCCUCCUCUAUGGAUCCCGCCGACAACAAGCAUUAUGGAACUAGAUUCCCCAUUAUCACCGUUAACGAUAUGGUCCGGGCACAACGUGAGCUUGUGCGGGACGUUUUCGGUGUAGAGAAAUUGCAUGCAUCCGUGGGAGCUUCAAUGGGUGGAAUGCAGCUGUUGGCAUAUGCCUGGGAGUUUCCAGAUGAGGUUGAUCGCAUAGUCAGUAUAAGUGGAUGUGCUCGGUCUCAUCCAUAUCUGAUUGCUUUGAGACAUACACAAAGACAAGUAUUGAUGAGCGAUCCCAACUGGAAUAGAGGCUUCUAUUAUGACGGUGUACCUCCUCAUAUUGGAAUGAAGCUUGCACGUGAGAUUGCUACAGUCACAUAUCGCUCUGGGCCUGAGUGGGAGUCGAGAUUUGGCCGUAUUCGGGCGGAUGAAUCGAAACCUGUUGCAUUCUGCCCCGACUUUUUGGUGGAAACGUACUUAGACCAUGCGGGGGAAAAGUUUUGUUUGGAGUACGACGCAAACUCACUUUUGUAUAUUCUGAAAGCGAUGGAUAUGUUUGACUUGGGCCGUGUGAGCCGUGAAAAAGCACUUGAAAAACGACAAGCAGCCCAGAAUGCCUUCUACGAUAAGAAAAACGAGAAUGUGUCCGAAACUGUUCCUAGUGAACCAUACCAGGAGCAGAUUCGAAACUCUACUGUCACCCCAGAAGAAGCAUUGUCGGACUUGAAGGAAGGUAUGCGCAAAAUCUCUGACAAGAGAGUUUUGGUUGUUGGUGUGGAGUCAGACAUUUUGUUCCCAGUGUGGCAACAGCGAGAAAUCGCUGAAGUGUUGAAAGCUACUAGUUCUAGCCCUGACCACAUUUCAUACUUUGAAUUGGGCACUGAUGUUAGCAAUUAUGGACAUGACACUUUCUUAUUGAGCUUGGAUCAUAUCGGACCACCAGUAAAGGACUUUUUGGGAAAUUAG